AUGGCUCUAAGUUCGAAGAACAAAUUAUGCUUCAUAGAUGGUUCCAUGAAGAUUCCUUCCAAAUCUGAUGAUAACUACUCAGAUUGGGAACGAUGCAACAAUACAGUCCUAGAAGAUGCGUGGAAUGACCUCAAGGAUCGAUUCUCUCAGGCUGAUAUAUUUCGUAUUUCAGAUUUGGAGGACGAUAUAUGCAAAUUGGAACAAGGAAAUCGAACAGUAGCACAAUAUUUCACAGAGUUGAAGAUCCUAUGGGAUGAAGUUGAUAAUCUGAUUCCAUUACCAAGAUGCAUAUGCCAGGUACAAUGUUCCUGUGGUGGUUAUAACAACAUGCGUAAGAUAAGAGAUAGAGGCCGUGUAAUUAGAUUCCUUAAGGGAUUAAACAAUCAAUAUGAACAUGUUAGCUCCCAAAUCAUGUUGAUUGAUCCCAUUCCAGUUGUUAAUAAAGUUUUUUCCAUGAUAAUACAACAAGAGAGAAAGCUAAGUGGUCCAAUUCAAGGUCAUGCUGCAAACUCUACUCGUGCUUUCUCUUAUGUUUCUGAGUCCAAGAAUAAUUUCAACAUGGGAAGAGGAAGGUCCAAUUUUAAUAGAGGUGGUAACAGUGACAAUUUUAAUAGAGGUGGCAACACUAACAAUUUUAAUAGAGGUGGUAACAAUGGAAGAGGAAAAGGACGAUUCUGUACAAAUUGUAAGAUGACAAAUCAUACAAUUGAGAGUUGCUAUUUUAAGCAUGGCUUUCCUCCUGGCUAUAAAUCGAAAAGGAGUGUCAAUCUUGCUGUCACACCAGAAAAUACUUCCCAAACAGAACAUAGUGCACUCUUCACUGCAGAGCAGCAUCAAUAG